AUGAUAGUAAUGUCGAAGGUUAUUUACAUCAAGCUGCAGGAAGUAAAAGUAAGUGACAAGUGCUUGCGACCUCUCUACGUCCCCCAACAAGGUCGGUCACCGCGGGGAUCAUUGACCACAACCCUUCACUUCAGCCACAUACACCACUUUACAUACACUCCUACAAUGCUAGAUCUCUAUCAUCAGAUGAAAAACUCCUUGAAUUUAAAGAAACUAUUUCAAAAAUUUAAACACGACAUAAUUGGACUUGCAGAAAUAAGAAGAAUGGGCUACGAUAUUCUAGAGGAUCAAGAUCACAUAAAUUGCUACUAUGGGAAAACCAAAGGUGAAUAUGGAGUUGGAUUUCAAAUA